UUUGUUUUGUUAUAGAUCGUUAUUAAAUUUCAAAUCAUUUUCUAAUGUGUGCAAAUUAAUUUUGGCUUGUUUCUCCUUUGCGAGAAAAUAUAAGCUAUAUUAUCCCUCUUUGUUUUAUGAACCGGCUACAUACUGCUAAAUUAUUUAACUUUUACUUAAUUGGUUGUAAAAUUUUUUUAUAAGUCACAUAUUUAUUUAAUAAACAUGGAGGAAAACCAAGAAGCUAUUAACACUUUUUGUGGAUUGUGUUUGAAAACAACUAAUACAGAGAAUGCCACAGAAGUUUUUAUAGACAUGAUCCAAAUUGUAAUCCCAGAUUUGUUACCAUACUUAAACAAGGCAGGAGUAUGUGACGACUGCAAUAGACUUGUAAGCAGUAUAUUUAAUUUCAAAUCCACUUGUCUAGAAAUUGAAGAUAAUCUUUAUAAUUAUAAAACAAAAAAUUGCAAAGAAUUAGAUUUAGAAGAUUUAGUUGGAUUAAGAGAAAAUGGUUUUCAUAAGAAUUCUAGGAUAUGUCGGACUUGUUUUAAAGUGGUUGAAGAUGACAUGUAUUUGUUUGUUAAUAAAAAUAAUGAUUCUUCGCUGCAACUACAUCAGAAAAAAUGCCUUCCAGAAUUGAAUAUGGAACUUACUAAACAGCCAGUUAUUUGUGUAGAUUGUGUUGAUAUGCUUCGAAGUUAUUUUAAUUUUAUAACCAGAUGUCUUGAUAAUGUAGAACGUAAAAUAAAGUUAUUGGAAAUUGAUAAAACAGAAGCUAGUGACCAUCAGACUGAAAUUUCGAAUUAUGAAUUACAUACAGAACAUGAUAUAAAAUGUGAAAAUGAUAAAGACUUGCCUAAUGAGGAAUAUAGACUGAAUAGCGGUAUCUUUGGUAAAUACGACAAACAAGAGUUGUGUUUUUCUGAUAUUAAUAAUGGUUGUCAAGUACCUACAAAUACUAAUGAGAUGGUUGUAAUAUUAAAUGACAUUUCUAAUAUUGAUAUUUCUCAAUCUAACGAAUUAGAGCAAAAUUCUGGUAAAGCGAUUAACGAAGAUAUAAUUAGUAUUUCAGAUUCUGAUGAGGAUACUGUUGAAUAUAAUUUGAAAGAAUUAUCUGGAGACAGUGUAGAUAAUUCUAAAGAAUUAUGUGAACUUGAGAAUAAACAAACUGAUAAUAAUGGACCGAUUUUACAAUGUAAUAAUACAACUGCCCAUAACUGUGAUUAUAAAGAAUUACGUGAAGCUAAGGAUUCUCACACUGAUGACAAUCAACCUAUUUUAGAAUGUAACGAUACAGCUAGAGUGGUUACAAAUGAAGACACUGUUAAGUAUAAUGUACAAGACAUAGAAGAGAACAGUUUUAUCAGAGAAUUGUCUAAGCCUGAAAAUAAAUCUACUGAUAAUAAACUUACUUUAGUAUGUAGAAGUCCAACCGUAGCGGACAAAAAUACGCUUACUGAUAAUCAAAUAAUAGAUUCAGUGAAAGAUAAAGCGACUGAUAAUGAUAUUACAAAAUUAGUAUCCGAAUUCAAUCAAAUUUUCAAUACCAGUAUUCAAAUUGAUAGUAUAAAAGAAGUUACAAAAAAUUAUUCGGAGGAAGAAGGACGUGAUGAUAUUGAAAUUGAUUUAGAAUGUGUAAGAAAUGUUAGUACAGUUACAUCGGAGCAAACAGAAAAUGAUUUGAAACAAAGCAGUAUACUUACAAAUAAUAACUCAAAAUAUUCUUAUGCGAACAGCCUGUCAACAAAUGUUGAUGCUCGAGAUAAAACUGAUAUUGGUGAUAAAAAUCUGGAAACAAGAUUUAGCUCAGAUGAAGACACCAAUCGUUAUGCUAAUGGCAUAAAAGAAAUUAUAGAAGAUUUAUCACUGGAUGAAGAUUCUAACGUUGGUAAUGCUCAUGCUAAUAGCCUGUCAGAAAAUGUUGAUGCUCGAGAUAAAACUGAUAUUGUUGAUAAAAAUCUGGAAAUAGGAUUUAGCUCAGAUGAAGACACCAAUCGUUAUGCUAAUGACAUAGAAGAAAUUAUAGAAGAUUUAUCACUGGAUGAAGAUUCUAACGUUGAUAAUGCAUUAAGUAAAAGUAAAACUUCGAAUAAGGAAGAAUGCAGAGAAAUAUCAAAUACUUGUGAUUCAGAUAUCCUUUGUGACGUUGAAUCGGUACAUGCAACUUCUGAAAACUUUCACAAUAAAUAUGACAGUAAUAUAGAGAAUGGUGGACAAGAUGAUGUUGAAAUUGAUUUAGAAUGUGUAAGAAAUAUUGGUACAGUUACAUCGGAGCAAGCAGAAAGUAAUUUGAAACAAAGCAGUGUACCCAAAAAUAAUAACUCAAAACAUCCUCUGUUAAACAAUAUUGAUGCUCGAGAUAAAACUGAUGUUGAUGAAGAAAAUGUGGAAAUAGAAUCUAGUUCAGUUGAAGACACCAGUCGUUUUGAUAAUGACAUAGAAGAAAUUAUAGAAGAUUUACCACUGGAUGAAGAUUGUAACAUUGAUAAUGCAUUAACUAAAAGUACAACUUCGAAUAAUGAAAAAUGCAGAGAAAUAUCAAAUACUUGUGAUUCAGUAUUCCAGUCUGAUAUUGAAUCAAUACGUACAAAUUCUUCUGAAAAGGUUCAGAAUAAAUGUGACAGUGAUAUAGAAAUUAUUGAACCUGCCGAAACUCAAAAUGAAUCUUAUAGUCAAAACCACAAUUCCGACCAUCGAAAUCAUUCGUAUAAUACACGAAGCAAUAGAGAAAGUAAAACUAAACGGAAACUGACUGACGUAAUACCUGAAAUUUCAAGUGGCAGUGAUUCUGAUUUCCAAAUUAAUAGCGAUAAUGAUUCAUCAGAUUCAGAAGAAUACUCAGAAAAUAGUAAAAAGUUCAAGAUGUCAAAACCAUUAUCGAAUAAAUACUUAUAUUGUGCAUAUUGUCGAUAUAGGUGUACAGUUCAAAUGCGUAUGGACGAACAUAUGAACCAGUGUAAAAAGGUUCGACCAGUAAAAUUGCAGACAUAUUCGAAAAACAAGAAGUCAACGCCAAAAGCAUCAUUAAAAUCUACAACAGUUGCAGCACCAACCAAUUUAGUCACAUCUCAACAAGUUGAUUCAUAUUCAAGGAUUAUGAAUCGACUUCUUUUAUAUCUCCUAAGAAAAAACCCUGUAACAGUUGGAGAAACUAGUAGUUUAUUUUCUGCAAUUCCUAACAGCACUAGUGUGAUAGAUUUGCAAACGAAUAAUACCACAGAGAAACAUCAAUCAAAUGAAUCUACUCACGUCAUAAUACUGUCGGAUGAUGAAACGCCAAUUGAACCAGUUAAUAAAGUAUACGAAGAGCCUAAUAAUUUAGUAAUAGUCAAUGAAGACGCUAAAAUGGAUGAAGAACGUAUUAAACAAUUAGAUGUUGAUCCAUUAGCGGUUGAUACUCAAAAUAGAAGUGCUGCGGUAUUAAGAGAUCACGAAUACUGUUCACAACAAGAAACGGAUAUUGAGAAUGAGUGCAAUGAUUUUAAUGUGCAAAUGGGGAGUAGGGACGAAGCUGAACGUUUGUCAUAUUCAAACAUUAAUAUCGUUUCUAAUUUACUGUUAAACUCAUGCCAAAAAACAAACAAUGCAAUUGGGAUGAUGUGUGUCGAAAAGGAUGAUUCGCAUAACAAUGGAGAAACUGAUGAGUCUAAUGCUGUUUAUGUGCAAAAGGGAAGUAGGAACGAAGUUGAACGUUUGUCAGAUUCAGACAUUAAUAUCGUUUCUAAUUGGCUGUUGAACCCAUAUCAAAAUACAAACAAUGCAAUUGGGAUGUCUGUCGAAAACGAUGAUUCGCAUAAAGAUGGAGAAAUUGAGAAUGAGUUUAAUGCUGUUAAUGUGCAAAAGAGCAGUGGGAACACAGCUGAACGCUUGUCAGAUUCAAACAUUAAUAUUGUUUCUAAUUUGCUGUUGAACUCGUGUCAAAGCACAAAUAAUGCAAUUGGGUCGGUGUCUGUAGAAAACGAUGAUUCAUAUAAAAAUGGAGAAACUAAUGAUACUGAAAUUUCUAAUGUUGCGCCAGCUGAAUGUACAACCCAUGAUGCUAAUACCAAUAAAAUUACUACAACUAUAGAUACUGAAAUGAACUCCAUAAUGAGAGAUUUGGCAAGUGUUUUAACUAAUAGUUCAAUUAAUACUGAAACAACUGAAAAUACAAACAACACACAUAAAGGCCUCCCUUCGCAAGUUAGUGUGAUAGUGGGUAGGUGUGGAACAAGGGUAACUGAAGCCUGUCAUUCUAUGAUAGAAAUUAACGAAGGCUUAAAGUGUAAUAGUCAAAAUUGUUCUGAUGACAUAAAUAAACUGCCUAUGUCGGAAUCAUCAAUCGCAAAGGAUAAAGUUACUAGUAAAGAUACUACUUUGAUAAACAUCCAAAAAACAUCCACAUCAUCUAAAUUAAUUAGACAGUUGGCGACAGAUAGACGAUGCGUUGUCUUAGACGAUCAUUUAGUUGACCAAAAGAUUCUUACGGUCUAUAAAUGUGAUUCAUGCAAUUUCAAUACUAGAUAUUUGAAAUUACUAGACUCGCACAUUAUCGACCAUUUUUGCCAAAUAGCCAAUAGUGAAUAUAAGUGCAAUAAAUGUCUGGCACAUUUUUCAAAUACAUGUGAUGUGAUUGAGCAUGUGAAAGAUCUUCGACAUGGAUACAGAAUAGGAGUUUGGUGUGUUAAUUGUUCUUCAGUAUUCUUAAAAACGUGGGAGGCUAGAAAACAUCAAAAAGUGUGUCCGAGAAAACAAAUAUCUGUAAAAUUAUUUAAGAGUAAUAAUGUAAUAUUUUGUAUGCUAUGUCAGUUUGAAACGAGUGAUUUGGCACAAGCUAAGGAACAUACUAAAAAAUGUAAAGAAAGACUGAUGAAAACUAGGCAAGUAAUUGAGGUUGAUUAACUAAUAUUUCUUUUAUAAUUUCCUUACUUUAAAAAUAUUAUCUUUUUAAAUCUCCCUUCCACUCCUUAAUUUAAAAAUAUCUGUUUAUACUCAUAUGCCAUACAAUAAUAAAAAUUGGAAUUGUAAUGCUAUACAAAACACAAAUAGUCUGGCUAAUAACCGGUUUUACUAACGACGAAUAGUAGUUUAUUCAAUGAAUAAACUUGUUCGACCAACAAACUGACACAUCUACAUUUCACUAACCUCAAAUAGCAUUUUAUUUUACCAAACAAUAUUUAUCAAAUAACUAUUCACUGUUCGAAUAAAUUGUUCAUGUUAAUCUCGCUUUAAAUAUCUAUAACAAAGAAAAUUUGUCAGUUUUACUUUAAAUUAUCAAAAUUGUAUGGAAACACAAUAAAAAUAUAAUCGACUAAUAAAUUUUAUUCGACGAAUAACUAACUAUUCAUUGAUUUAUUUGUUGUUGGUGAAACCGGUCCUAUAAACCUAUUAUAAAAUAGAAUUCUCAUCAGCGAUGUUUUGUGUUUCUGAAAUGUUCUAGUUUUUUAAAUACACUGCGCGUUAGAGAAAACGGGUCCCCAUAAAAUUUAAGAAUUUUUUUAUAUUUUUCUUUUUUUCUUAUUUAUAUCAAAUUAAAUCUAUUGUGUAUUGGCUCAGUGAGUCUUGUAGUACGUAACCCAAAAAUAUCAUUAGUAACAAAUGGAAAACAAAGAAAAAAAUUGAGAAAAUAAUGUAUUGAAAAUUUCGAUGUACCAUUACUUACAGUUAUAUCAAUAAUUGAUAUAUUGAUAUAUUUGAUGAGCAAUAAUUGAGCUAUGAACGAUGAUAUAACUCUUUAGAACACUACAUUAUUUCACACAGUUCUCAAAACCAUCAAUGAAUUCUGAGAAUUUUGUGACUUAGUAAUUUUUGCGAAUUUGUUUCUUGUUUUUACAGGCCCAGUCUAGCUUUUCACUACACGUGAUAAUCCAUUUAAUUUAAUUACACACAUUAAAAUAAAGUUGAGAAAUAUAUAAAAAGAAAUUAUAUAUUACGGAUGGCCCGCUUUAUCUGACGCGCAGUUUAUAUAGAUAUAUCAUGACCUUUGCAAAAAUAAUGUAUUGUUUUCUACUUAAAUCUUCAAUAUUGACGGGUCAAUCCAUGCCAAGUGGUCCAAUGUAAAUUAAGUUGGUUGCUUGACUAUUUUUAAUAAUUUUUAUUUUUCUACCUUUUAAACUUCAGUCUAUAGAGACUACAGAAUUCCAUUUAUUUUAUUUUAAAAAAAAAUUAUUUUGCUGAUGACGGUCAUUUUUGUUAAAGCGUAUCGAUCAUUUUCACGGAAAACAUGACUUCGCUCUUUAACCAAUAUUUUCACUGAGGUUUGUCCUAGAACAAUAAAUCAAAAACCAAACUUUUUAGAAAAGUAUGCUCUAAAAAAACGGCCCGUAGCAUCAUUUAAUUUCAAACUACCCUUAAGGUCUUAAAUGAACCUCAAAAUUUGAGAAGGUAAACUGAUAAAAUUCCAUUUUCAGCAUUUUUUAACAGCAUAAGGCAAUCCGAUAAUGGUUUGUAAUUUUUUUUCUGGAGAAAACAUAAGUACAUACUUUAAAUAAAAAAAGUUUGAGCUUUGAGACUUGAGUCAUUUUUUUCAAAAAAAAAUCUCAAAAAUGUAAUUUUUUGAAAAAUCUUAAAGUUUGACCCCUUAUAUCUCUGAUGGGCACGGAUGAAAAAAUUUGAAAUUUGGCUGAAUGUUAGCCCCUAGCAAGUAGAAUAAGGAGUAAAAAUAUGCAGUUGCAGACUUACCUGAUAUAGGAGUUACAGGCCUGAAAAAAUGGUCAAAAUUUUGAGCGUUUGCAGGCAGGGUAAUUAAAAUUCAAAUAAACUGUCUAAUGAAAUAAAAAUUAAUCUAUUUUCAUAAGAUUUCUUAAUGAAUACAAAUUUAUACAGGGUGGGCCAAAAAAAAAGAGUUCACCUUGAUAUGUGGCAGCUAUUAUAUUUUAAGUUCAGGGAAUGCCGAAACAGGUCGAUUUUUAUUUUUAAAUUACAAUUUUUUUCUAUAUAUUUCAUACGUCUCCAUGACGUGUCAUCGUCAGUGACGUCAUCCAUCUGGGGGUGAUGACGUAAUCGAUGAUUUUUUUAAUGGGAAUAGGGGUCGUAUGUUAUCUCAUUUGAAAGAGUGUUCAAUUCUCUGUUCAGUAGUAUAAACAAUAAUAUAAUUA